AUGAGCGUCCGUAAAGCGCACAAUAGCGGUCGGAAUCACCUGCGCAAUGUAGUCGAUUACUACCAACAAAUCGGCCACGAAAAGGCGCAGUCCGUAAUUGAUAGCAUAACGAACUCGUACGCCGCAGCGGGCGAGGCAGGCAACAAUCCGAUGCUGCAGCCGAUGGGGAUGGGCGGGGGUCAUCUCGGCGGACAUGGAGGGUUUGGCGGACCGCCGCCGCCUUUUGGGUUUCCUGGGGGGCGCGGGAUGCCGCCGCCGCCGUUUGGGAUGAGUGGACCGGGGAUGGGGCCGGGUGGUCGCGGUAUGCCCCUCCCCCCCAUCCCCCAAGGCGCCCCUCUCCCCUUUCCUCCUCCACAAGGUUUACCACAAGGUAUGCCGCAGGGGAUGCCACAAGGAAUGCCACCCCUCCCCUUCCCACCGCCUCAAGGGAUGCCCUUCCCGCCGCCGGGAGGCAUGCCGUUACCAGGAGGUAUGCCGCCCAAUGUUGGCUCACCGUCACAAGGCAUGCCGUUUCCUCCACCGGGAGGGUUCCCACCGCCUGGAGGCAUGCCGCCGAACUUUGCGUUUCCGCCGCCGGGGAUGGGGGGGAUGGGGGGGCCGCCGGGUGGGCAGUAG